CGCGAAGUCUGUUUACAUGUAAAUUUACACUAUAGAGUAAAGAACAUUUCACAUAGAUAGUAGGACAACUCAGCGAGGCAGCUGCUCAGAGGAAUAUUUUCUUCAUUUCUUAGAUAAUCAACAAUGGCAGAAUCAGAUGCAACUUCAGUCAUCAUUAUUCCAGUCGACAGAUCAAAUCAUGCAGAGGCUGCAUUUAAUUGGUAUGCUGAUAAUGUCUAUAGACCCAACCAUGAAGUUCAUAUUGUUCAUGUUCAUGAACCUGUAGUUCCAACAACGGGUGCUUCCUAUUGGGCAUUCAAUGCGGAAGUCUUUCAAGCAAUGGUGCAGGAUGACCGGCAAAUUGUUGAUAAUCUGAUGAAAAAAUAUGAAGGGAAACUCAAAGAUAGGAAUAUGAAAGGCAAGACACAUCACCAGGUUAACAACAAUCCAGGUACUGCUAUCGUGCACUAUGCCGAAGAACUCAAGGGAACCAUGGUUGUUAUGGGAUCACGUGGUAUGGGAGCAGUGAGGCGUACUUUCCUCGGUUCCGUCUCGGAUUACGUCCUACAUCACGCUCAUAUCCCAGUGCUCGUCAUCCCAAAGAAACGAGAGAGGUCCACGUCCUCAUCUGGACAUUAGUGUAUAUCAAAAUGCUCCAGGAAAUGCCAUGGUCAUGGUCUUUGGGUGAUAGAAAUUAAAUAAAUGUGCAUUUAAAGAUGGCAGUGCGGUUCACCUAUUGGGAGAAUAGAAACUUGGACUACACAACAGUGCCAUCUUUUAGGGUUUAAGAGUGAAUAUUUGUUAUUGAGGGGAACAUUCCACGCAAAUUCUGUAAUAAUGUGAAAAUUCGGGGCACAACAUCAAACAAAGUCAUAUACCAAAUAGUACCUAAAUCUAAACAUUCCUGUAGAUAUGAAUGAAUGUUUUGCCUUUCUAUAUAAUGUGAUAAAAUCUUGCAUAACUGUAGAAAUAUUAAACAUAGGAAUUUGUCAUUUUUGUAGAAAUGUGAAUGAAAUCUGGCAUUUAUGUAGGAUAUGAGAUACUAUAUAGUAUUAAAAUUUGGCAUUUCUGUAGAAAUUUUAUGAAUUUGGCACGUCUGUAGGAAUACAGGUCAUAACAAUUUGUCAUUUUGUUCAGAAUUUGAAUGGGUGUGUAAGAAACAUGACCAUAGUGGCUUUCCAGCUCUUAACACUCCAAUCAAUAUUAGAGUUUUAUAUAAACACAUUAGAAACAUAUCUUACGAGUCUGCUCACAAGAAAAGGGAUCAUAUCACAUUAUGUUUCAGUUUUAUAUUCCAUUUACCAGUUUACAAACCUCAAAAUAACUUUGCAAUACUUCCU